CACAGGCUGUUGAGCUUUGCUGGCUGGUCUGUCCUGUUCUUUUCAUGGAUGCUUUUCGGCUCAAAACUAGAGAGCAGGCGUCACAGCACCGUCUCUCCACUCUUCCCCGUCAUCUUAUGGAGGGGCUACAGGAUGUUUACCAUUUAGAGCUGACAAGGGGAAGGGUUUCAUGGACUCUAUUAUAAAGCUUCAGCCCCAAGACACAGCUGUGCGGAAGUUUAGCCUUUAGCCUAGCCGUUCAGCAGAACGACAACUUGUCUCAGUGAGAAACCUGUGAGACGCCUGACUUUUGAGAAGUAGCUUGAUGAGAAGUUUCUCCGGCGCGGGUGAAGGUGACUGCUCCCGCCUCGUGUUUCUCCACCUGAGGCUCCGAGGCUCGGUGUGGCACGGUAGCAUGGCAGCAUGCUGACUCCGCUGAACCCCCCAGCCCAGCAGGAUCAUCACCAACCUCACCUUCAUCACCCCCGCCGCCGACCCCAUCAGCACAGUCCUCAGCCCCUUCACAGCUGCUGCCACCAGGCUGUUGCUGCUGCGGCUGAGCCUCCGCGUCCGCUAGCGAUGGAGCGUUCGCUGGGUUCCACUCGCCUGCGUUCGCCCUGGAACUCACAGGAAGAAAUCUCGGUGAAGGAGAUCAGCAUCACGCACCAUGUCAAGGAGGGCUCGGAAAAGGGUGACCCACGGCAGUUUGAGCUCCGCAAAGUCCUGGGACAAGGAUCCUUUGGAAAGGUGUUCCUGGUGAAGAAAGUCACAGGUCCUGACUCUGGGCAGCUUUACGCCAUGAAGGUGCUGAAGAAAGCCACCCUCAAAGUUCGUGACCGUGUGAGGACCAAGAUGGAGCGAGACAUCUUGGUUGAAGUGAACCACCCCUUUAUAGUCAAACUGCACUAUGCAUUCCAAACAGAAGGGAAGCUUUAUUUGAUCCUAGACUUCCUUCGAGGAGGGGAUCUUUUCACUCGUCUAUCAAAAGAGGUGAUGUUCACAGAAGAGGACGUGAAGUUCUACCUGGCGGAGUUGGCCUUGGCCCUGGACCAUCUGCAUGGACUGGGCAUCAUCUACAGAGACCUCAAACCCGAGAACAUCCUCCUGGAUGAAGAAGGGCACAUCAAGCUGACGGAUUUUGGCCUCAGUAAGGAGUCCAUCGACCAUGAGAACAAAGCGUACUCUUUCUGCGGGACGGUGGAGUACAUGGCUCCAGAGGUGGUGAACAGGAGGGGGCACACACACAGCGCAGACUGGUGGUCCUAUGGCGUACUCAUGUUUGAAAUGCUAACCGGGACAUUGCCAUUCCAAGGCAAGGAUCGCAAGGAAACCAUGACUAUGAUUCUAAAGGCUAAGCUGGGGAUGCCACAGUUCCUGAGUUCAGAAGCACAGAGCCUCCUCAGGAGCCUGUUCAAAAGGAACCCCUCCAACAGGCUUGGUGCAGGUCCAGAUGGAGUCGAGGAGAUCAAGAGGCAUUCAUUCUACUCUAACAUAGACUGGAAUAAAUUAUUCAGACGAGAGAUCCAUCCACCCUUUAAACCUGCUUCAGGGCGACCUGAUGACACGUUCUACUUUGACCCAGAAUUCACAGCGAAAACCCCCAAAGACUCCCCAGGCGUGCCUCCCAGUGCCAACGCUCACCAGCUCUUCAGAGGCUUCAGCUUUGUGGCAAUCACCUCUGAGGACGAGAGCCAGCCACUGCCGAGUACCAACAUGACUUCCAUAGUCCAGCAGCUGCACAGAAACACAUCCCAGUUCAGCGAGGCCUAUGAGAUGAAGGAGGACAUUGGGGUGGGCUCCUACUCCGUCUGCAAGCGCUGCAUCCAGAACAGCACCGGCAUGGAGUACGCCGUCAAGAUCAUUAAUAAAGCCAAGCGGGACCCGACAGAGGAAGUGGAGAUUCUGCUGCGGUACGGCCAGCAUCCCAACAUCAUCACUCUAAAAGACGUGUAUGAUGAUGGUCGCUCAGUUUACCUGGUGACGGAGCUGCUGAAGGGUGGAGAGCUGCUGGAUAAGAUCCUCAGACAGAAGUUCUUCUCUGAGAGGGAAGCCAGCGCCGUCCUGCACACCAUCACCAAGACCAUGGAGUACCUGCACAGUCAAGGGGUGGUGCACAGAGAUCUGAAGCCCAGCAAUAUUCUGUACGUAGAUGAACUGGGUAACCCGGAGUCUAUCCGGAUUUGCGACUUUGGUUUUGCCAAGCAGCUUCGGGCAGAGAAUGGACUUCUGAUGACGCCCUGCUACACUGCAAACUUUGUAGCUCCAGAGGUGCUGAAGAAGCAAGGCUAUGAUGCAGCCUGCGACAUCUGGAGCCUUGGUGUACUUCUGUACACAAUGUUGACAGGCUUCACUCCAUUUGCUAAUGGUCCAGAGGACACACCGGAAGAGAUUCUGGCUCGGAUUGGGAGCGGGAAGUUCUCCUUGACAGGUGGCUACUGGAAUUCCGUCUCAGCCGAGGCAAAGGACCUGGUGUCUAAGAUGCUGCAUGUGGACCCUCAUCAGAGGCUAACUGCAGCUCAGGUGCUAAGACACCCUUGGAUAGUACAUAAGGACCAGCUGCCCAAGUACCAGCUCAACAGACAAGACGCUCCCCACUUAGUCAAGGGGGCUAUGGCUGCAACAUAUUCUGCACUCAACAGGAAUGUCACUCCAGUUCUAGAACCUGUGGGCUGUUCUACUUUGGCUCAGCGAAGGGGGGCGAAGAAACUCACCUCCACAGCCCUCUGAGCCCCCCAACCUCCUAUUGAACUUUCCCUCCCCAACCUCUCUCUGGGUGUGAGCUGGCCAGCACAUCUCCGGCCCCCGAUGCCAAAUAGAUUCAGAAAAACCCAUUUCACUUGACUGAAUCCCUCCUGCCUGUAACCUGAGAGAAAGCAAAACCCCUGCUUAUAGAAUCAUAACAGCCUCCAGCCAACAGACAAGGCAUCAGGAAGUGUCUUAGAGGUGGAGACAGUUAGAUAUAUGCACAUCAUGCACAUAUACAUGCAUAAAACCUGUACCACAUACAUCUGAAGGUUAAUAUAUAAUGCAAAUAUAUGAUUGUAUUGAUGGUGACUUGUCAAAAGGACAGGGCACCAUGCAAAGCACACUUUCCCCCUUUUUGGACCAGGAUUAUUUAGGCUGAUCUGAGAAAGCAGUGAGGCCAUUGCUGGAACAGUUGCUUUUGGGGGCUGAUUGUAAAACUCCUCUGAUGUCUAUGCUAUACACCUCCAACUCCUUGGUGUCAUCUUAGUUAACCUGGCCUCUGUGGGGCUAUGUUGCUAAAUAUAUUAAAAAGAACCUGCCACUUACAGUGUCCAGCAGAAGAAUAUGUCAAACUUCAGUCUCCUGAAGACCCCCUAGUGUUGUUCCACUUCAGCAAAAAAAAUAAAAAAUACUUUCUAUGCUAUCUGCUCUGAGAGGGCUGCCCGUGGAAGGAAUACGCCACCGUCAGUUCUGCAUCUGAAGUCCCCUGUAGGAAGAGGCUGACAGCACGGAGACUGAGAGAGAGGCCUGGAACCGAUUAACCAAUUACCCAAUUAUGAUUCCUAAGCAGCAUGGUCCAGCUGUAUAUCAGACCCCAAGUGCACAGAGGAUCUGCCCAGUUCUGAUCCUGUGAUGCAGAACUGUAUAUAACUCAGAAAAAAAGAGAACUCAGGUCUAUAUGAAUGAAAUGCAAUGCAUUAUGUACCAGUGGAGCGACUCAAGCACACAGUAGUAUUGUCCCAGCCCUCCGCUGUGAUCUGUAUGUACAUCAUUAGGGAUGUAAUUACUCAGUGACAGCAUCAUUUCUUUUCAAGACAUAAAUGUAUUUUUAUAUAUGUGCAUGGAAUAAGUAGUAUAAUCAUUAGUGGCCAAGACGGUGUGUGUGUGUGCGUGCGCGUGUGUGAAUGUAUGUGUAUAUAUGCAGAACUGAGGUUUUUUUUAUGAUUUCUACUGUGUUCCAACAGGUGUGUGAGUGACAUACCUCUGUCAGAUGAGACAGAAGGGGUAGUUUCCUUUUCCCUGGUCUCUCCCUACCUUAUACUGAGGACUGCUGGAAAAACUAUUAUUGCUUCUUGUCUAGAAAAGCUGCUACAGUUUGUCCCUCUUUUUUUGUAAAUGUAGUUUAAAAAAAAAAAAAAAACUAAAGAUUUUUAUCUAAUAAAAAAGCUCUUAUGUAUUAAA